AACUGCAAAACGUUAACAGGCCUCGCCACUGUGCAUAACUAGUAUUUAAAUUCCAAAUUUUGCUUCAAAUUACUUGAAAAAAAAAGCUAUUAGAACAGCAGCACCGCAGAAGAAUACAUCCAGGGUACCAUGAUUUUCUUUCCACCCCAUACAAAAAACAUUUAAAUUGACUAGUGUGGCAGAAAUUUUACUGUCAGCCUUUACAAGUACACCACAUGUACAGUUGUGCAGGUACAGUACAACUCCCCCGUAAGUACAGUAAGGGGUGGUCCAACAAAUGGCCUUAAUGCUGAAUUUUCUUAUUGGUGUUCAGUGACCCAUGGACAUCUUCCGAACUGCUACCAGUACACCAUGCAUAUUUGUAUCACCAAUACAAAUUUGUUAAGAUCGAAAUACAUGCAUGUGAAUAUCAGUUGUGCAAUCCGUGCACCCACAAAAGUUUUUUCCCUGUAAAUACCGGUACGUUUUAAGAACAGAUUUAGACUAGCCAUUCUGUGCAAACAGCAAGAAACUAAACAAGGAAUUGAUAGAACAAAACAUCAGUGACAUCUAACAGAUUAAUACAAUAUCCAAGUGGGGCCUAUUUUAUGAUCUGAACAAAGAGAAAAAAACUUGAGUUGCCAUGGAACCAACGACUGACAUUUUCCUUACUAAGGAUUAUCCAUCAACUAGUGUGCUUUCAACACCCGGAGACUACCGAAACUUUCGCUUCGAGGACUACACACAACGGGUCAUCAUUGCCAGCAUCGUUAGUCUGGUCACUGUCUGCGGUCUCAUUGGCAACUGCAUGACCAUUCUAGCAGUUGGCCUGUCCAGGAAACUGCAGACCAAGACCAACGUGUUUGUGACCAACCUCGCUGUGGCCGACUUAGUGACGUGCCUCUGUGCACCCUUCUCCGCAGUUGCACUGCUCAGCCGAGAUGGCUGGCCCCUGCCCGACCUUGUGUGUUCGCUGUCAGCAGCCAUUGGGUACACGUGCCUUGCCUGCAGUGUCAUUACCCUUGCUGCCAUUGCCAUCAACCGUUACAUACUGGUUACAAAGCCUCUGCAGACCUUCCAGUCUAUCUACACGCCGAGGAAGAUUGUGAUGAUGCUGAUUCUGAUCUGGGCAUACCCCAUCCUUGUCUGCUGCCUCCCCCUGUUCGGUCUUGGCCAAUGGGGCUACUCGGACAAAUACAAAACCUGCACCCAGGACACGACGCAUGAGACCUCAGACUACUUCAGUCUUGUGGGCUCACUGCUGAUCUUUCCUGUUCCACUGGUCAUUCUGUUUGUCUGUUACUUCAAGAUCUACCGCCACGUCACUCGUCACGCGACAACAAUGAAGGAAAAGAGUGUCCAGAUGGCGGCAUCAGACAGUUCAUCAGGGCCCAGUUUGGCUGGCAGCACCCAGCACCUGCGGCAUAGGGGCAGCAGCACAGCAGGCAACAUCAACAGGCGGCAGGUGCAGAUUACCAAGAACCUCUUCAUCGUGGUGUGCGCCUUCGUUGCCUGCCUGGCUCCUUUCGCCAUUGCCCUGACCAUCCCACCUAGUGACCCAGUCAUUCCCUGGACAGGUAUGAUCAUCAUCUUCAAUAGCAUGCUCAACCCAAUCAUCUAUGGACUCAAGCAUCCACACUUCAAGGAAGUCUUCCAUCGGAUGCUGCGAUGCCAAUGGCACUUGAUCCCUGAGCCUUCCGGUUUCUUAAGAAAGAUGCAGUCUACAAUACACUGACACAAAGCCCUGAGAGAUUUGAGACAUAAUAUAAGUACCAGUAUUUGUGGGAUUCCUCAAGCACUACCUCAAAGAAGAACAGUCAAGGCACGUACAGGAAGCUACAUGUACAUGUACCGGAAUAUGUGUCAAGUGUGUAUACGAACAUAUACCGGUACAUGUAAAUCCACAUAUCAUCUCCAAGGUCCAGUCGUUACUCUGUAGCAACACACUAUCAAACAUAAACCACAAGACCAUUUACCAGUACUCUAGGCACAUGAACAACGAUACCACAUACAUGUACACAUGUACGGUAUCAUACAUGUACAUGUACAUAUUGGUACACGUACA